AUGAUACCAAAUAAUUCUCGGCAGAGUCUCAAAGAACUCUUGACAAAGACAGGAGGUUUAGCAAAGAGUAACACCCGACAAUCUGAGAAAACCGAUAUGGCAUCAGACAAAGUGAACAAGGGAUUGCCAAUAACUAAUGGUUCGUCUAUACGAAGCGAAAAUGCGAAUCCGACAUUCGAGGGAAACAUGGCAACUAUUCAGCCUCAGCCUCAGCCUCCUCAAACUCAGCAAAAGGAGAGUACUCUUAUGCCAGAAGUUCAGACUCCUCAAACUCGGCAAAAUGAUUUGCAAAAUCAAAGUCAGCAACAUUCCAAAAACAUGCUAGACAUGCUGUAG